AUGCCUGAGUUUGGGGAUAGCAUUAGUAAGGCACAGAAGGACUACAGGGUUAACAUCAGAGAUAGCCAUAGAUCCGACAAGAUAAAAAAGGCUAGUCAUAACCACCCAAUAGCAGACCAAAGACAUGUUGCUAAAAAGGCGCAGCAGAGAUAUUUCGAAAAAUCUGUGGAAAACGUUUCUAUGGAUAUAAUUGAAUACAAAAGUGAAAUGACAUCGUUUGAAUUUAAAAUCUUAGACACCAUGGGUUACUUGCAAAGUAUCACAAUACGUAAGGAUGAGAUAACUUGCUCGAGCCCAGGAUGUACGAAAAAAUGCCAUCAUUUAGUUUGGAUUUUCCACAAGAUCUUCAAGAUGGAAAAAUCAUGCCCAUUAAUAUACCAGCGAAACUUUACGAAUGCAGAUUGGGGGAAAAUCACUGAUGCCUUUCCUGAACGUGUUCCCACUACGGACAUAAGUAAUUACAUGCCCAAAAAUCAAGUCUUCAAAGUUGGCGUUAAGAAAACUGAGAAGACGGCAAAGUGUGCGUCAUGUAAAACUUCUCUUUCGCUUGGUGACAUUCAAGCCAGUACCGAGGGGCCAUACAGAACUUUGCAUCUCAACUGGAUAAAAAGGGUAUUUUAUUUCUGUCCUCGAACAGAGUGUAUAUCAAAGUUGCCUAGAAACACCUUUAUCAAAACAUUUGAGGACGGCGUACCUGUACUGUACGAUACGGAUUUGACAUAUGAGCAAAAAUGUCUUCUUUAG